UGAUGAUGCUGCUACACCUGUAUGCUACAAUACUGAGCAAGUCUUCUAAUGAUGCUCAUGAUGACCGCCAAUAUCGACGCCAAAACGAUGGAAAUACCGAUAACGAUGCCAGGCCCCAGUGUCUAUAUGAUGCCAGGCCACAGUGCCUAUAUGAUGCCAGGCCUCAGUGCCUACGAUGCCAGGCCACAGUGCCUAUAUGAUGCCAGGCCCCAGUGCCUAUAUGAUGCCAGGCCACAGUGCCUACGAUGCCAGGCCCCAGUGCCUAUAUGAUGCCGGGCCACCGAUUGCCCAUAUGAUGACCUAUGCCGAUGACCUAUGCCGAUGACCUAUGCCGAUGACCUAUGCCUAU